GUUAUUACUUUUUCUUUUUGGCUAAAUAGAAAAAGAUAAAAAAAAGGUAUUAAAGAAAAAUCUCUACCGCCACGCAACGAUAUUCUCCACGCGCAACGCACGUGAGAUGCUGAUCAAAAGCCUAAAGUCGGUCGGUUCCAUGCUUUCAUUCAAUUCUCAACGACCGAAGAACGACUUGGAGUUCCAAAUUCCCGUUUUCGAUUCAUCCGUUUCUAAACCAUCGAUUCCUCCGGCUACCGGAAAAUGGAUAUCAGAGAAACGAUCAGAAGCCAUGGCGACGUCGCCAUAGCCAUCACCAAGCACCUUCUCCUAAACGAAGCCAAAGCCUCCAACGUUGUCCUCUCGCCCUUGUCAAUCCAUGUCGUUCUCAGCCUCAUCGCUGCUGGUUCCAAAGGUCCUCCGCUGGAUCAACUUCUUUCCUUCCUCAAAUCUAACUCCACCGACAACCUCAACUCCUUCGCUUCUCAAAUCGUAGCCACGGUCUUCGCUGAUGCCUCUCCCAGUGGCGGACCUCGCCUCGCAUUUGCCAAUGGGGUUUGGGUUGAUCAAUCACUUCCUCUCAAACCUUCUUUCAAACAAGUUGUGGACACUCUUUAUAAAGCCAAGCUCAGCCAAGCUGAUUUCAAGACUAAGGCUGUCGAAGUGACUUCAGAAGUGAAUUCAUGGGCUGAAAAGCAAACUAAUGGACUUAUCACAGAGGUUCUUCCCCCUGGAUCAGUUGAUAGUCUCUCUAAGCUCAUCCUUGCUAAUGCACUCUACUUCAAAGGGGAAUGGGAAGAGAAAUUCGAUGCUUCAAAAACAAAGAAACAAGAUUUCUACCUCCUUGAUGGAAGUUCAGUGGAGGUCCCCUUUAUGACCAGCAAGAAUAAGCAAUAUAUAGCUACUUUUGAAGGAUUUAAAGUUCUUGGAUUGUCAUACAAACAAGGAUCUGAUCCACGUCAUUUUUCUAUGUACAUCUUUCUCCCGGAUUCGAAGGAUGGAUUGCCAUCUUUGAUCCAAAAACUAGAUUCCCAAUCCGAGUUCAUCGACCGCCACACUCCAUAUGAAAAACUUAAAGUGGGUGAAUUCAAGAUUCCGAAGUUCAAAAUUUCUUUUGGGGUUGAAGUUUCCAAUGUCUUGAAGGGGUUAGGAUUGGUGUUACCUUUCUCUGAAGGAGGUUUGAUGGAAAUGGUGGAGUCCCAAACGGCUCAAAACCUUCAUGUUUCAAAAAUAUUCCACAAGUCAUUCAUUGAGGUUAAUGAAGAAGGCACAGAAGCUGCAGCUGCUUCAGCUGCUGUCAUAGCAUAUAGGAGUUUCCGUCCAGUGGACAUAAUCGACUUCGUUGCUGACCGCCCGUUCUUGUACGUGAUCAGGGAAGACAAGACAGGAUCUUUGCUUUUCAUUGGGCAGGUGCUAAACCCUCUUGUCCAUUAAAUUUAACAAUAGAUUGGUUCUGGAGGAUCAACCUAAAUAACUGCAAAAAUCUUGUCACACUCAACUCUCUUCUAGUUGUAGUAGAUAUAUCAAAGGCAUUUUUUAGCAUGUCCUAUGAUUAUAUGUAUUAUCUAUAAUAUGGUGUUAUUGCUUGUUUUAUAACACUGUAGCAUGUUCUCUGUUUGCUGAACCGUGUUUUUGUAAGUCCAUCCGUUUAAUGGAUUCUUUUUUAUAUAAAACCAAUUUUCAUUUGAUGAUCA